AUGUUAGGAGAAGGAUUUUCUUGGCUUUUACGAGGUGAACUGGAUGAGAUUUUAGUCACUCUGAAAAAAAUGUAUGUUGGAUUUUCAAGCGAUAUCGUUCUAGCUGAGGAUAAUGGAACAAUGUACGAUGUUUACAAGUUAACCUCAACAACAGAACUGCAAGUGAGACUGCUGGAAGAAUUCCGUUUCCGGUCCAAACGUAAUCGAUAUAAUUUAGAACAGAAUGCUUUGCGUGGAGCAUUUGUGUUCACUACGUUUAAGGUAAACAAUGAAACAAGCCAUCUCAUCCUAGACAAGUAUUAUUACCCACAAGAUGAAAAAAUCAACCGAAUGUACUAUGCAUUUUUCAUGUAUUUAUCUAAGAUAUUCAACUUCACACUUGACAUAUUGGUAAGUGAGACGUAUGGAUAUAGAUCAGAAAAUGGUACAUUUAAUGGAGAAAUAAGGGAUUUAAUAUUGACGAGAGCAGAUUUCGGUAUGUCUGCAAUUGGUAUAACUAAUGAAAGACUAAACGCUGUCGAUUUCACAGCUAAUAUCGACGAUGUGUACUUCUUGGUUAUAUUCAUAGAAGAGAAAGCCUUCGGAGGAUACAAAGCAUUAAUUCAACCAUUUUCAUCAAAGGUUUGGAUUGGAUUAUUAAUUAUUAUUGUAGCAGCUAUUGUUGUUAGUUCGGUGCCACAAUCACUGAACACCGUUCGUACUGCGUUGGCCAAUGGUUCUAUGCUCAUUGUAAGUGUGAUGUGCUCUCAAGGUCUCACAAAAGAAUUUCCAGGAAGUUACAAAAAAGGUUUAUGUACCGUUCUUCUCUUUUUCAGUAUGAUAGUUACUAUAUUUUAUCAUACUUCCAUCAUGAAUGGGUUACUGUCACCUACUCCAAACUUGAUAAAAACUGUUGAAGAUGUGGUGGCUAAAAAAAGAAUUGGCGUAGCGAAUAUUUCAUACUUAACUCCACUUUUCCUCCAUCCUCUUGUGGUGCAAAAAUUGAAUGAAGUUCGUGAAAAACGUUAUGAAAUCCCAAUGGGAAUAAAAAAGGUACAACAGGAUAAAAUGUUUUCACUCAUUGGAGAUGAAAAGACAUUGCGUGAAGCAAUGGAACGUUCUUUUACCGAUUCGGAUAAAUGUAACGGGAGAGAAAUUCGAGCAGGUUCUAAAAUUCAGAUCGCGACUCCAAUUAAAAAGCACAGCCACUACAAGGAAAUGAUCAUAUUUGGACAAGUAAUACUAAUGGAGAGAGGAAUAGUACAUCGUGAAAAGAAACAUUGGUACACAGAUGCCCCAAAAUGUCUGGUGGACACCUCAUUUAUUCCAGUCAGCAUAGAAUCAACAUUCAUUGGAUUAGGCAUCUUUCUGUUUGGAAUAUUAUCAUCAAUAAUAAUUUUUAUAAUAGAAAAUAUUAUAAAAAAUGAAUUCAUUAAGAAAUUUAAUCGAAGCGCCAAUAUUAAAAUAGAUAAAUUUAACGAAGCAUUGCCAUACGAGCAUCAAUAUCCAAAUGUUUAAUGCUCCUUCUGUGACACAUAGAAAUUUUACUUUCAAUUAUGAAUUUUUAAAAUUUAUGUUGAAACCUUACUGUACUUACUUCAAUUUCCUGAUAGUUAUUAUUUAGAACCACUUUAUAACUG